CCUGAAAAUUUUUUUUUCGACAUGUGCACGAUAGUUUUAAUUUUUUUUGCUUAAUCACGUCUCAACUGGAGAUAAAAAGUCGGACGGUAACUUCAUCUUGUAGUUAAGGGAAAUAAUCUAACCGUGGUUCGAGACGCCGGGGGAUCUCGUCGCAAAGCUAUGGCGAAGGUUUUGUUUGUACUCUACGUUCCAGACGAUAUUAGCACAACUCUAGGGAUUACUAAAGAACCUGGGAAGGAUGGUGGAAAAGAAGAUUCACAGCCGAGCCCAAUUCACCGACAGUCAUCAGCAGUAGACAGUUUUCUACCUGUUACUACCAACGUCAAGGAGGAAGAACAAAUAGACACAGUGACGACUGGAACAGAAAACGAUGAAGCUGCAUCAAAAGAUCCCACCCUAAAAACUGAAGCAGUGCUAAAUGUAACAUCUUCGUGCAAGGCAUCAGAUUCGAACUCAUUCAUUACAGCAGUUGUAAGUAUAAAGGAUGAAGAGAACAGGCAGGAAAGUAUACCGCUGUUGGAACUUCCCUUGCCAGAAAUGCAAGAUGUGCAAACUGCUGAUAAAGCUGACAAAUCACAUUUGGUGGGUGAUGAGAAAUUACCAGGAUUAGAGACCAGCAUGGAUGAGGUGACAAUUUCAGAAAUAACAGUGUCACAGACUAUCUCAGAAUCUAAACCUGACGAGAUUCAAUCAAAAACCCUUGAAGACGAUGAAAUCUGUACAAUGCUUAGGAAUUUUAAAGUUGGGGAAAAUCUGACUGAUGAUUAUUGGGAUUUCAGUCUGGAAGAACAAGCUGAACCAGCUUGUAAAGCAGAUCUCAUGAACUCUAAAUUUCCUGAAGAUGAGCAUCUGCCUGAUGGUUCUGAAAAUAACUCAGGUGAGACACCUGCCAAAAUAUUUGAUUCACCUGGUGCCAUUGAAAUAGGUAGAGAGAAUGAGACUUAUUGUAAAGAUAAAAAUGAGGAAGAACUGAAGCAAGUCAGCAGUUUUAACAAAAGAGAUGAAAAUAGAAAUGCCUUAGGAGAUACCCCAAACAGUGACCAGGCAGGACAACAGCAAGAUGGGAAGGUAUCAGACUCUGCAGCUGAACAGAAAGAAGCAAAACCAUCAGGCUCAGCUCAAGUCACAACUCAAACAACUGUUAAUGCUGUGCCUACAGUGCCACAAUCAGCAGAUGAAAGACGUGAUUCAGUACCAUCAACAGUUGUCCAAAUCCCAGCUGCUGGUAGUAUGCCAUUACUCUUCAUACCUGCAGGAGUUGUGGAUACAGAUCUAGAUAGUAGUGCAGACGCUCCACAUGAUAUGAUGGCAUUGGUCCCAAAGCGCCCUUUAAAGGAGCAAAUUGUUGACUGUCUCAAUGGGUUUGGUGUGAAAAAUGUGGCAUGGAUCAAGUGUUCAAAAGAUAGAAUGUGGCAGGUAACUUUUAUUGCUUCAUCUGGAAUAAGGUGUGAGGAAAUCUUGCAUACACUAGAGGGUCUUGGACUUGGAAUUAUAAAAAAAACUUCUAUCAGUGUAAUUCAGAUUUCUAUACACUCUGAAGAAACGGACAGUGAAGAAGAGAGUGAUCUGGGAGAAGACAUAUCUGUAAAAACAAAAGAAGAAAAAGCUGCUGAGGAGAAAAUGAGUGAAUUUAGGAAAUCCAUCAAAUCUCGCAUGGUUGUUGCACAGGUGGUUGAGUCUGUCAGAAGUAAUGCAGAAUUUACAUUUGAUUAUGUGGUGCUUCUUGUGGUGGCCAGUGUGAUUGCAGCAUUGGGCUUGAUGGAGAGCAGUUCAGUGGCAUUGGUAGCUAGCAUGCUCAUCUCACCACUCAUGGGACCAAUUCUUGCUGGCACGUUUGGAACUGUGAUCCACAACAUUUCAUUGCGUAACUGUGGUAUCAGGUCAGAGCUGUAUGGCCUUAGCAUCUGCAUCAUUUCAGGUUUUUUUUAUGGACUACUCACAGCUGGAGCAGAAGCAUCAGAAAUAAACUGGCGUUCAACUCCUGGGUGGCCCACUGCAGAAAUGUAUUCUAGAGGUGUAUAUCGAGGGCUAGUCAUAGGAGUGAUGAUUGCAAUCCCAUCUGGCGCUGGUGUGGCUCUUUCAGUCCUUGGAGGAAAUACAGGUUCUUUAGUUGGUGUGGCCAUCUCAGCAUCCUUACUUCCUCCUGCUGUUAAUGCUGGAAUGCUGUGGGCUAAUGCCAUUGUUACAGCAAUAGUUCCUCCUGGAUUGAGUUUUAAGAACAAGACCAGUGAAGCAGUUUAUUUCUCACAAAAAGGCACAGCGCAGUGCCCUUUGCCUGAAAAUAACGACUAUAUGCAUAUUUACUUUUGCAAUGUGGCACAUGAAUUUGCCUUGCUUGGAGUUGUUAGUCUUCUGCUGACCAUCCUCAAUAUAAUUUGUAUUUUCGUCAUGGGUGUCUUAUUUUUAAAGAUAAAAGAAGUUGCCCCAAGGGCAUCUCUCAGCAGCACACUGAAACAAUUUUUCAAAAAGGAUAUCAAGGUUGCUCGAGAAUCUUACAGCACUGUGAAAGGACCUCAAUCAGCAGCUCUUGGCAAGCAGUGGUUGGAAGAAUAUAAGAACCUGAAAGAGGGCAGUACAGUAGAUAGAAAUUUAGUCGAAAUGCUCAAGAAUGUGGACAAUGAAACAGAUGUGGAAGCUGCACUUGGAAUCCUUCAAAAGAAAAUGCCAAUGAAUGUGCUCCAUAUGGGAAAGGAUGAUACAGACCAGAUUUUUGUACCAGUUGUUUCUGCUUAUGAUACAAAUUCACCAUAUUUAACCAUGCUUCCUUACGAUCAAACCUUCAUACCUCAUAGCCAGAGACGUAGCAGCAAACAGUUUACAGUGACGAAGGUUAACGAAAACUCAGAUGACCAGACUUCUGAUCAUGAGAAAAAUGAACCACCACAUCAUUCAAAGACGAGAAGUGAAUCACUGCAUCAUUCAAAGACCAAAAGUGGACACAGUAAAGGGAAAAAAAAGAGCAAAAGGAGUUUGAGAAGAUUAACUUUUGAGGAGCAAGAACCUUUAAUGGGGACCAAUGCUGAGAGGAUGCCCAUUGCUCGUCUAGAAUUCACCAAAGAUAUUGGGCAAAGUAAAUGAGCACGCAGAAACUGCACACAUUUUUGGUGUGAUUUUGCUAUUGGCCAUGCUCUGCUUGAGGCUACUGCUACUGCAGCCAUGGAAGUAGUUUCACCUUGACUGCAGACUGUUUUGCUGACAUAGAUACUUUAGGAUUUUGGAAGUACGGAACAAAAAGUGUUAUAUUUUUAGCUAUGACUCCACUUAAUCUGCCGGCAGUUUUCUUGAAAGCAGGUUAUCUUAAGAUAUCUUUCUUUUUUUAAUCAACAGACCAAAACAGAUUUUGCUCUUUAGACCUCUGUUUUGCAUUUAAUUUAGACAAGAUCUUGUUAUUUUACUCAUCUCCCUUAUGUGAUUUUUCUAGGUAAAUGGAAGACACAGGUUAGAGAUGUGUAUAUAACUAUCAACAGACUGAACAUUAUUUCAGCAAGAGAGUGUUCUAAAUGCUUAUCAUUCCCCUUCCCCCUUUUAUGCUCAACCAUUUCUUCCAUCCCCGGGCCCCUAUGUACUGAAAGAGCUUGUACUCUUGUAGGGUCUGUUCACUUCACUAGCUGAAGUGCAUUGUGCCCUGGUUGUGGGACAAAUUUGUUUUAUCACAAUUAUUUUGUACAAUGUGAUUUUUCCUCCAUGACUUAGAGCGCUAGAUGCACUAGAACUCAUGUGGUAUUGACUGUCCUUUGUAGCUAAAACUUUUUUAUUUACAGAACUAAAAUCAUGACGCCAGAUUUCGGGUUGCAUGCUUCCAUGUGUCUUAUUAUCCAUAUGAAUGUGUGCUUCGGACAUGUGUUCAUGGUCUCCAUAUUUACACUUGUUACAUUCCUUUUCCCUGCUCUUGAUUGUUUUUCUCAAAUGGUGUCAAGAUCAUCAUAAGGCAGGAAGUAAUUGGCAGCUGAUCAGACCUUGGAUGCUUCCUUUUGUGUAUGGACAUAGAAAAGAGACUUUCUCCCCAUCCAAGCCAUUAAACUACUACUAACACUUUGAGACUAUCAGAAGUUAACAUUAAUAUCAUGCUACAUAAUUACUGUGCUGUAAAACACAAUGAGUUUAUCCUGCUUAGUUACAUCUUCUGUGAUAUUCAGAAUGGCACAUUCUUUAAAGAAUUGAUUGUCCAGCACAAUUAUUGCUUCUGAAAGGCACUAUUUGACGGGUAAUUCCUAUGCAAACAGUUUACACUGACUGCUUAUGCAAAGUGGCACCCAUUUUACCUAAUUUUUGGUACUUGUUUGGCAUCCUUGACACAAAGGCUAUGAAAGUCUUGAUAUCUUUGAAAAACAAUCAUUUUCGCUGUGUGGCAUUAAAGGCAGUAUCUGCUUUCUUUUUUGUGGGUAUCUUUUUUAAACUGUCUGGAACUAAAAUCACAUGAACUUGGCUCAACUUUUACUCAGAUAUUUUUAGUGUGAUACUUUGUGACUAUAUUUACUUCCAGAUUGUUUACUGUUGGUCAUUUUCCCAUGACAUUCUUUGCCCAUUAUUUUGUAUCUGUUAGCCUGUUUGUAGCUAACCUGAUUUAUCUCCACCAGCCUCACUAUUCAUGUGUGCCUUUUGUUUUUAAAUGGUUUGUCAACAACCACAUUUAUUUUAUCCAAGCGCCCAUUAUUUUUUAUCUAUUAGCCUGUUUGUAGCUAUCCUGAUUAUCUCCACCGAUCUCACUAUUCACGUGUGCCUUUUGUUUUUAAAUGGUUUGUCAACAACCACAUUCAUUUUAUCCAAGUGUAUUGUUGACUGACACAUUUAUGCCACACUGCUGAUUGCUUUGUUUGAAGAGUUUUUCUGUGAUCAUUUGUAUACUUAGACUUGUGAUUCACUUUAACUGUCUCUGUAUCAUCAGUUUUCUGAACAGUGUGAUACUUUGGAUUUUAUUUGGUUACAGUGUCUCUGUAGUACAUGUACUAACAAUACCAAUUAGAACAGACAUGUUAAAAGGAGGGAGUGUAAUUAUUGUGUAAACUGAUUUUAGAAUCCUAACAUUACAGUAACAAUUAUUCCAUGUCAAACAUUGUGUAUAUCUUUGAAGGAUUUGUUAGUAACUGCUAUCUUCAACCUUUUAUAGAGCACAUCUAUCAGUUUGUGUACUAGUAUUUUAAGAGAGUAUUUUAUCAGUUUACUGGUGACUGACCUAAUCAUAUAUUUUUAUAACUUUUGCUAUAAUGUAGAAUUUCUAUAAGUUUUGUAUUAAAAAACAUUCUGUCCUUUAUGUGCAUCCUAAGAUGUAGCCUGAAAUAGUGUUGAAGGAGCUGAAGUUUUUUAUUGGUUGAGGACCCCAUCUAGUGUUAACGAAAAGAGUAGAAAAAUGUGCAUUGGUCUGUGGUUCUCACUUUCACUGGGUGCAACAGAUCAAAGUAGUGCAGACUGGAAUGCAGCUUCAAAUAUAAUAAGAAGGCAAAGUUAGUCCUGUGACCUUAUGGUCAUUGUGAAGGUGGUGCCCAUCCCCAAACUUCCUUAACUCUCCCAUCAUGUUUUUGAAUAAUUAUACUCUGUGGUCACACUUUACAUGUCCACAUAGGUGUGCUAAUGAUUAAGAAAAACUUCUGUGCCUUAUUUAAUCUUCAAAAUCUACUAAUGUAGAAAAAUAAACACUUACAAAUAAUUUGUGGAUAUGCUUAAAACUGCAUCAUAGGUUUUUUUUUCUAAACAGAUCAUUAUUUUUUUUUUACAAACAGAUCAUUAUUUUUGUUUUACUUGGGAUUUUUUUUCUUUUAUAGUGUUUGUACGUAUGUAAGAUUAAGAGGGGGAGCGAAGUUAUGUACACCCUCGUAAAAAAACUUAAGUACUUUUUCAUGUAUCAGAAUUGUUAGUUUUAUUAUGCAGUUGUUUUUUAAAAUUAAAGUGUUUCUUUGUACUCA